CCGGGCUAUAUGAAAGGUACUGUUCCACUGGAGAUGGAGCCGGGCUAUAUGAAAGGUACUGUUCCACUGGAGAUGGAGCCGGGCAAUAUGAAAGGUACUGUUCCACUGGAGAUGGAGCCAGGCUCUAUGAAAGGUACUGUUCCACUGGAGAUGGAGCCGGGCUAUAUGAAAGGUACUGUUCCACUGGAGAUGGAGCCGGGCUAUAUGAAAGGUACUGUUCCACUGGAGAUGGAGCCGGGCUAUAUGAAAGGUACUGUUCCACUGGAGAUGGAGCCGGGCUAUAUGAAAGGUACUGUUCCACUGGAGAUGGAGCCAGGCUCUAUGAAAGGUACUGUUCCACUGGAGAUGGAGCCGGGCUAUAUGAAAGGUACUGUUCCACUGGAGAUGGAGCCAGGCUAUAUGAAAGGUACUGUUCCACUGGAGAUGGAGCCGGGCAAUAUGAAAGGUACUGUUCCACUGGAGAUGGAGCCAGGCAAUAUGAAAGGUACUGUUCCACUGGAGAUGGAGCCGGGCAAUAUGAAAGGUACUGUUCCACUGGAGAUGGAGCCGGGCUAUAUGAAAGGUACUGUUCCACUGGAGAUGGAGCCAGGCAAUAUGAAAGGUACUGUUCCACUGGAGAUGGAGCCGGGCUAUAUGAAAGGUACUGUUCCACUGGAGAUGGAGCCGGGCUAUAUGAAAGGUACUGUUCCACUGGAGAUGGAGCCAGGCUCUAUGAAAGGUACUGUUCCACUGGAGAUGGAGCCAGGCAAUAUGAAAGGUACUGUUCCACUGGAGAUGGAGCCGGGCUAUAUGAAAGGUACUGUUCCACUGGAGAUGGAGCCGGGCUAUAUGAAAGGUACUGUUCCACUGGAGAUGGAGCCAGGCUCUAUGAAAGGUACUGUUCCACUGGAGAUGGAGCCAGGCUAUAUGAAAGGUACUGUUCCACUGGAGAUGGAGCCAGGCUCUAUGAAAGGUACUGUUCCACUGGAGAUGGAGCCGGGCAAUAUGAAAGGUACUGUUCCACUGGAGAUGGAGCCAGGCAAUAUGAAAGGUACUGUUCCACUGGAGAUGGAGCCAGGCUAUAUGAAAGGUACUGUUCCACUGGAGAUGGAGCCAGGCUAUAUGAAAGGUACUGUUCCACUGGAGAUGGAGCCGGGCUAUAUGAAAGGUACUGUUCCACUGGAGAUGGAGCCAGGCAAUAUGAAAGGUACUGUUCCACUGGAGAUGGAGCCAGGCUAUAUGAAAGGUACUGUUCCACUGGAGAUGGAGCCGGGCUAUAUGAAAGGUACUGUUCCACUGGAGAUGGAGCCGGGCUAUAUGAAAGGUACUGUUCCACUGGAGAUGGAGCCGGGCUAUAUGAAAGGUACUGUUCCACUGGAGAUGGAGCCAGGCAAUAUGAAAGGUACUGUUCCACUGGAGAUGGAGCCAGGCUCUAUGAAAGGUACUGUUCCACUGGAGAUGGAGCCGGGCUAUAUGAAAGGUACUGUUCCACUGGAGAUGGAGCCGGGCUAUAUGAAAGGUACUGUUCCACUGGAGAUGGAGCCGGGCUAUAUGAAAGGUACUGUUCCACUGGAGAUGGAGCCGGGCUAUAUGAAAGGUACUGUUCCACUGGAGAUGGAGCCGGGCUAUAUGAAAGGUACUGUUCCACUGGAGAUGGAGCCAGGCAAUAUGAAAGGUACUGUUCCACUGGAGAUGGAGCCGGGCUAUAUGAAAGGUACUGUUCCACUGGAGAUGGAGCCGGCUAUAUGAAAGGUACUGUUCCACUGGAGAUGGAGCCGGGCUAUAUGAAAGGUACUGUUCCACUGUAGAUGGAGCCGG